AUGGACCGGUCUGCCACGCGUGCGGCUGCUGCUCGCAUACGUCGUGGCGUCCAUACCUCCAGCCCUAAACGUGUCUCCCCCGCAGCAGUCGAGCCGGUCGAAUCUGCCUUAUCCAAUAUAUCCGCGGUACUCGAGUCCGGGCCGCGCACCGGAAAGAAGAAGGCUGCACCGAUUGACCCAGAGUCGGACGAGGAGGUACCUACGAAUGCAGCUGAAGUCCAGGAAUCGCUAGCGCGGCCACCGCCCGUCAAUAGCGAUUAUCUCCCCCUGCCAUGGAAAGGUAGACUCGGAUAUGCUUGUCUGAAUACAUAUCUACGGUAUGCGAACCCGCCUGUCUUUAGCUCGCGCACUUGUCGCAUAGCGUCUAUUCUGGAGAAUCGGCAUCCUCUACAAGACCCAUCGCAGCCGUAUCAUUCGACCAAGAACCGCCCUGAUCGGAGUAAACCUGCGGUAAUUGCCAGGGGGCAGGAAUAUGUUCAGUCGCUGGGCGUAGCUAAUGCGCGAGAUAUCGUGAAGAUGUUGCGAUGGAACGAUCGCUAUGGUAUCAAAUUUAUGCGGCUGAGCAGUGAGAUGUUUCCGUUUGCAAGCCAUGAUGUGUAUGGGUAUAAACUAGCACCAUUUGCGUCUGAAGUGUUGGCGGACGCUGGGCGAGUGGCUGCCGAGCUUGGCCAUCGCUUGACAAUGCAUCCUGGCCAGUUUACGCAAUUGGGAUCACCUCGCAAAGAAGUGAUUGAAAACUCAAUCCGAGAUCUUGAAUUUCACUCGGAGUUGCUGCAACUGCUCAAACUCCCUCCACAACAGAACCGAGAUGCCGUGAUGAUUCUCCAUAUGGGCGGAGUAUUCGGCGACAAGGGCGAGACACUAGACCGAUUCCGCAAAAACUACAAGACUUUGUCUCAAGACAUAAAAAACCGCCUCGUUCUCGAAAACGACGACGUCAGCUGGUCCGUCCACGACUUGCUGCCGAUAUGCGAAGAACUCAACAUCCCUCUUGUCCUCGACUUCCACCACCACAAUAUCGUCUUUGACUCGGACAAACUCCGCGAGGGUACCCUCGACAUCAUGCAGCUCUACGACAGAAUCCGCGCAACAUGGACGCGCAAAAAUAUCACGCAGAAGAUGCACUACUCCGAACCUACACCAGACGCAAUAACGCCUCGUCAGCGCCGCAAACACAACCCCCGCGUCGCCACCCUCCCUCCCUGCGACCCAACCAUGGAUCUCAUGAUCGAAGCCAAGGACAAAGAACAAGCCGUCUUUGAACUAAUGCGCAAAUUCAAAUUACCAGGCUACGAGCGUAUCAGCGAGCUUACACCGCAUGUCCGUGAGGACGAGAAUAAGCCGUGGAAACCACCAAAACGAACUAAGAAGUCGAGCGAUUACAUCGACCUGUCCAAAUUAACCCCGCCGCCCCUGGAUGUGCUCGCGGAGGAGGUUAGUAUGGGCGGACCGGAGGGGAAAGUCUACUGGCCGCCAGAGCAUGAAGAGUGGCUGAGACCCAAGAAACGGGUGAUAUCGCGGAAGCAGUCUUUCCCUCUCCCUGACUCAGUCGAAUUCCCUCAAAAAAAGACGAAACCACGAUCGACGACGAAUCGCAAAAAACGCAAGUCUUCCCGAGUAUCAACUCCUACAUCCAGCUCUGAGAAAGAGACUCUGAAACCUCCACCUUCUGCGCGUCGGAGUACGCGUGCCAAGAGGGUUAGUUAUGCCGAAGAUAACUCUGCUUAG